GAGGCUGCAAAGUUCAGAAUCCUCAGAACUCGACCUACCCUGAUAGUAUCUGAGCCACCAUGGGAACCCGAGGUGACAUGUAUUCCUUAGUAUUUCUCCUCCUCGUCCAGUUCCCCUUUCUACUACCAGGGAGCACUCAAGUUGCAUUCGGUACCACUGAGGACUGCAACAACAAGAUCGCAUGCCCUUCAAACGCCAAGUGUGUGAACAACACCCACUGCACCUGCCUGGAUGGAUUCCAGCCGAGUGGGAAUCGCGUCUUCACCAAUCUUAAGGAAACCUGCAACGAUAUUGAUGAGUGUCUGGGGCUGAUGGUCUGUGGAAACUUCACCAAAUGCCACAAUUUUCCAGGAAGUUACUACUGUUCUUGUAGGGAUGGAUAUGAGUCUGAUCCCGGGAAAGAGAACUUCGUCCCUGCGAGUGAGAACACCUGCCGGGGUGUUAAUGAAUGUCUCAGAUUCCCUGGCACCUGCGGCCCAGGAGCCCAGUGUGAGAACACCAACGGGAGUUACCAGUGUGCCUGCCCAGCCGGCCACAUCCCUUCCACUGGGAGCUGGGUCCAGAACCAAACCACGUGUAAAGGUGGGUUCUCCCCAGCGGGCAGAGGCUGUCUGUACCCAGCAAGUCUCUUUGCAGAAUAGAUGGAAACACAUCAAGAAGUCUUGGAGGCAGGCAGGGGGCACCCAGCUCCUCCCCCUGCCCUCACACUCAGGGUGCCCCUCUAGUGCUGAUGCACAGACUCAGGGCUGCCAACGUCCCUGUGUUUGUAGGAGGAAUGCCUGCAAAUUAAUCCAGCCACUUUGGAACACACUCAGAUCAGCUAGAGGGUGGCAGAAUCC